CGCAACCCGGAAGAGUCGGGGGCCGGCGCUCAACCUAGGCCGCCGCGCUCGCCCCCUGCCUCGAGUCUGGGCGCUAUGGCCUGAGGUGGCCUCCGCAGCCCUGCUACCCCCUGAGGCCUCCCCGCCACCCUCCCGCCAUGGCCCAGGGGGCCGGCGAGGCGGCCGUGGAGGGGGAGCUGGGAGAUGACAGCCUGUCUGUGAUAACCUGUGAAUCAGAUACAGAAAUGAAGUUAAAGAAGAAAAUUUUUCACAAGCCUCCAAAGUCACCAAAGUCUCCAUACUGCUCUAGUACACAACUGUAUCCUAAAAGAGCUGCAGUUUGGCGAUCUCUGCAAGGAACAGGCAGUGCACAUCUCGAGAGUGCAGCUGUAAAAAAACCAAGACAGAUGUGGCUGGGAUCGCUGAAAAAAGGAAUGAGCCAUCCUCUGAAAUCAGAUGUUGACAUGGGGCAUAUGCGAACUAACAUUUCUAGUAGCACUCCAGAAUAUUUGAAAGAAGCUCUAGGAAUGAAGAAGCCAAAACAUUCUCGUUCUUCUAGUAAUGGCUAUGUUCCUGGAACUCCUGACUACAAAGAAAAAGAAGAUAUGUAUGAUGAAAUUAUAGAACUGAAAAAGACAGUACAAGCUCAGAAAAAUGAGGGAGAUCGAAUGAAAACUAAGAUCCGUCGAUUGGAAGAAGAGAACAAUAGAAAGGAUAAACAGAUUGAACAACUGUUGGAUCCUUCCAGGGGCUCUGAGCUGGCCCGAGCUCUGUCAGAAAAGAAGACUGAUAAUGGAUGGGUGGUUAGUGGAUUAAAGCAGAAGAUUCUCAAGCUAGAACAACAGUGCAAGGAGAAAGACAACACUAUUAACAAAUUCCAGGCAGACAUGAAGACCACUAGUUUGGAAGAAAUGAGGAUAGCUAUGGAAACCUACUAUGAUGAGGUUCAUCGUCUCCAACUCCUCCUGGCAAAAUCUGAGACUAUGAGGAAAAAUACAGAGGGCAGAGAUACCCAGAAACGACUAAAGGCACUGAAUGCUGCUGUCCUGAGAUUAUCCAGGGAUGUCAAGGAAUUGCAGAAUGAGAAUCAGAGGCUGAAAGAAGAUCUAGAUCAUGUGCUAAGCAGUUCUCCUUCUUCCAAUAAAACAAAAAAUUAUAGUGAGUGGAGCAGACAGAGGCUGGUGAGGAGGAUUUCGGAACUAGAAAAAAAAGUAUGUGCCAUGGAGAACACCAGGGUGUCAUCAGCAGAUAGUGAGUCAUCACAGUUACUUGCUGUGUCAUCUUCACCUUCUGUAGACAUGGAUCAUCCAGCCUCUCAACAGGUAGACCAUGCUGAAGAAUGUCAUCGCCUCCAAGGACUAGUGAAGAAACUGAAGAAUGAUAGGAAGGCGCUUCAAAAUCUCCUACUCAAUAAAGAAUUAGAUAUCAGGCAGUUACUGCAGUCUAAGGCUGAAGUGGAGUUGGAGCUGCAGAAGCAUCAGAAUAAGAUGGAACAGAAGAGUACAGAGGAGCAGAUUUUAAGUGAGGAAAUCCAGAACCUGACACAGAAAGUAGGGAAAUUAGAGUCAAAAUUGGAGGAAGAGAAGAGACAAACGGCAGAAGAUACAAUGGAAAAGCUUAAUAAGUCUUCACCAGUUAAAGACAAAGAAGAUCACAUGAAGGAACAAGCAGCCAAAAUCAUCCAGAGAUGGUGGAAGAUGUACCGACACAAGAAAGAAGAAAUUGCUCUGGAUGAGGCAGUUGUUAUGCUUCAGGCAGCUUUCAGAGGACAUUUAGCUCGACAGAAACUGUUACUGAAUAACAGGAUGCAUGAUGCAAAAUCUCACAAGGACUCCUGCAUGUCUUCCAUGUCAAACUCCUUGAGCUUGUCUUCUGAUUGCAAGGACAAAGAUGAGAUUGUGACAUUCAUCCAAUCCAUAUUCAGGGCUCACUUAGCACGUACAGUACUGCUUGAGGAGAGGCCCUCUGUGUCCAGGGCACCAAGUGGGAAAGCAGAUUCUGCAGUUUACAUUACAGAGAAGAAACCAGCCUUAGCAGCACUCCAGACACCUCAUGCAAUCUUCAUGUCAUCUCUUCCUGCCAGGUCCUCUGAGAAGUAUUCGCAGCCUGCUCUCCCUCUGUCUGUGGAUGAAGCUCACUCAGACGAUUCAGAUGAUAUUGUCAUUGUCUCUCCACUGUUGCAGAUGAAGAAAAACUACACCCACUUUUAAGUUUUGUCAACAGGCUCUGGUGUUCUGCAAUUAUUCAAUUCACAAAACUGUUUCUACCAAGGUGAAGCAUAUCAGAGAUGAAAGAGGGGAGAUAUCAGUUCCUUUUUAUUGACAGUUGUCACUAUUUCAGCCAUAAAUGAGUAAUUGUUUGGUAUGUCAUCUCUGCAGACUUUAUGGCUAAAAGCCACUGAUUGACUGUUGACUGUUAUCCUCCUGGUACGCAGAAAGAGUUUGGAUUUAAAAACUAAAAUGAAGCACUUUAAUAUUUUGUCUCACAAUGAGGAUUAUAAAUUCAAUUGCCAAAUUUAAAUGAAAACAAUAAAGCCUUAGGCUGUUUCAUGUCAAACAAAGUUUUGUUUCAGGUCAACUAAAAUAAUUUGUUUAAUCAGAAAGUGGUUAAUGACAUGGCUCCAAUUUUCAGUCUGUGUACAUGAAGGGGAACAGGUUGUAUUUGCUACCAGGUGCUCUAUUUAAAAAUUUUACUGUGUCAAUUUUUAAUAUCUCUUUUGUUUAUUUUUAUACUGAAAAUUUACAGUCUAUGCAGACCUUGUAAAGGCUUUUAGAAAGCCAUUUCUUUGUCAUAGGGCUAUUCUGGGCCUACUAUAUUAGCAGGGUUUUCUUAUUUAUUGCUUUUUCCAAGUGUGCUUGCUAUGAUAUGUAUAGUACUAUUUUGUAUUUGAAAUGUCCGAUCAUGUAAUCAAUUUUUUUAUAUUUGUCAGAGAAGGUGUAUAAUAGCAGGAGUGUUCUAUGAAGGAUACCCUUGUGACUGCUUUUUCUGCUUACAUAUCACAAAUAUGAGUGGAUUAUGCAGGGUCAUCUCUCAUAUGUGAAAACAUUUGACAUAGGAGACAUGUUGCUUUAUGUCCUGUUUUAGCUUACGUCACUCGACUGUCUGAAGCUUUCACCUAACUAGCUUGCUCAUGCACUGACCACCUUGGGGCUUUAAGUCUAACGUUGCUUUGCUGUUGUUGAUCUCUCUUCUCAGUACCACUCUGCAUGUGCACAGUAAGUCCAGUCACAGGCUGGGAGAGGGAUCAUGAUAUACAGCGAUCUUCUGUCGUCAGGUAAAGCUACAAGGCUGGCUGCUGGAGAGCAGGGGCACUCCCAGCUCUGAUCUGAGGGAUAUGGAUUGGGAUGAGCGUAAUAAACAAAACCUAACCCCUGCAGUUUGGUUUAGGAAUAGAAGUGGUAGGUUAGAUUAUAAUAGAAAGUAAGACUACAUCCAGAAAUAACACUGUUUGACAGUAUUGUUGGCCAUGGAAGGACCAAAGACAUAAUGGGCUGUGGAGAAUAUUGUCAGAGGGGUCUUUCCAGAUCUUUUACACAGACUGUACCCCUGCUUGACUGGAAGGAGGACCUUAUAGCUCCUACUAUCAUGCCACCAUCCUUCAUAGGCAUUACAAUGUGUGGGGGGUUUUUUAAGGUGAACUAGAUAAAUUAUAUGAUAUUUACUGGAAGGAAAAUUUAAUUUUAUGAACACACAGUGAAGUUUUUGUGAAGACCCUAAUGGUUUCUUUGUCAUCAAAGAGUAAUAAAGACUCCUGUAAACAGAAAGCAUGCUUUUAAAUAUAAGAUUUUUAUCA